GAUCAUCCUUCCCACCGCAAAUCGCCAACGCCAGGCUUUCGUCGUGGCUGGACAAUGCCAUCAUCUUUGUCUUUCAACGCAAACCUCGGUGACUCCUAGGGAAUGUCGUACAAAUCCCUCUAGAAUUCCUUGACAAUGGACGAAGUACGCGAACGUCACGUCCAAGGCGACCCGAUCACGACGGCAGCUCGGGAAGAAAAUCCCCCAGCCCAGGCGGCGGCGGUCAAUACGGGCGAGCACCAUCGUGAGAGCCAAAGCGACGACGACAGCGACCGUGAUGCCUUUGAGCUGCGCAACGUCUCGACCCAAGAUGUGGAUGAGGCCGGCUUCUCGACGGAUUCGAUCUCUUCGGCGGAAUACCGCGUCAGGACGCUCCGGACGGUGUCCCAAGCUAGUCAGCGCAGUCGGGAGUCACGCAAGGGGCCAUGGGGACGUCUCGAACGCUUUUGGACACGAAAUGUGGUGUUGACAGUGCCACAACGGAGCAAUCGGGACCAUUUUGCAUUAGAACGGACUUUCUUGGCCUAUAUCCGCACGUCGGUCAUGGUCGCCAUGCAGGGCGUCCUGAUCGCUCAAUUGUUUCGCCUACAACACAAGGCUUCCCCGGACUUGGCGUUGGGAUUUUACGAAGUGGGUGUCCCGCUCUCCGUAACUUGUUAUGGAGCAGCCAUCAUUAUCGCUUCCCUGGGCGCGUAUCGCUUCUGGAAGCAACAGAGCAUGGUCGCCCUGGGUACAGUCUACGCUGGGGGCUGGGAGCUGAAUCUAAUUGGACUUUUGAUUGGCUCAAUCAUCCUAGCGACUUUUAUCAUAUCUAUAGUCAUCACCGUACAAUUGGCCAAUCACGAUGACCGAUAACAUUUAAUGCACCCCUGCUAGCGGAACGCUUUUCAUGAUUUCAAGCUUCCGCUCCAUGUAUACGACUUUCGUUUGAUUCUACUUCAAGAUGUUAUUCGUUGAUCGCCCAACUGACAUGCACAAAAUACCGGAUUUUAGCUAAAAUAACGAAUGCUUGGAUCGAAU